AUGUCCUGCUAUCUGUGGUCCGCGUCAAGGAGAGAGACAAGGCGUCUAUUCAAGCCACAACAUGUACGUGUUACGGUUCCGCGCGCACUACAAAGGGGAUAUGCGACGUCUCCUCGGACGUGGCUGCAAUCCAACUCGCGAGUGUCGACUGUUUUUGGUGCCCUGAUUGCACUCGGUGUCGCAUCCACCGCAUUCGGGAUAUACAAAUUCUACCAGAUGUUCACGAUGUGGCCUAAAGAGUUGCGCGCGGACCUGCGAGCAGGAAUCAAAGCAAAGUAUCAGGGGAAUUACAAGCUGAGCGAGCAAUAUUUGCGCAAAGCAUACGAUAAGGCUCUCUCCCUCCCACUCUCCGUAUUCUCCCCUGCGCCGCACCUCAAGCUCUCAGGCCUCGCCAUCGCGCUUGCCUCCGUGAUCGAGGAUGACGACCGGCCCCAGCCCGCAUAUGAAGUCUACGUCGACGCGCUUGCGCGGAUCCAGUCCGCCAAGGAGUCCCUGACGGGCCGUGAGCGCAUGCGUGCGGUCGCGCUCGCGUCGAAACUCGGCGAGAUGGCGGAGACAUACCAGCUGCCGGUCGCGGAGGAGGAGCGCUGGCUGACGUGGGCGGUGGAGGAGCUGCUGCACAUCGUGAGGGAUGAAGGUGGGAACGGGACGCUCGCAGUGGAGGGUAUGGAGGGGAAGGGGGAACACGAAGGACAGGAGAAGGAACCGGUAAUGCUUGCGGAACUGGAUCUGCCGCCGUGGGUGACAAAAACUGACCUUGGUGCACCACUGGAGGCGCUAGGCAGGUUCUAUUCAAGGGGAGGGAACGUUGAAUAUGCAGUUCCUCUAUACCUCCAGGCAAUCAGCAUCCUUGUUCCACCGACAUCGUCCAAGAGGUCCUCGACAAUAGAGGAGCGUUGUCGAGGCGCGCAGCUUAUGAACAACCUCGCCGAGCUCGCUAUUCGUGAUGAGCCCACCGCUACAAAGCGGAAGCAAGCCGAGGCGUGGGCUCGACAGGGACUGGCGACAAUUGAGAAGACGAAGGCCUCUGCCAGAGGCGAUGAGGAAGGGCUCAUGCUGUGCGAAGAAGCAUUGGCUGCUGUCCUGUUCAACCUCGGAUCGCUACUAGAGAUGGAUGGUGAUGUCAAACAAUCCAAGGAACUAUACAAGCAGAGUCUCGAACAAGCAAGGAACAUCAAAAUGCGUGAAGGCGUCAUAGAGGCACAGGCUGCCCUCCGCCGACUCGACCGCGUUAGCAAGCGGAGCGCCGACACUGCUAUGGGUACACAGCCAGUCACCUCGCAAUGA